AAGGAGUCAGAAAAAAUAAAAAAUAAAAAUACAAUUAAUUUUGAUGUUUUUAGCAAAAUAUAGUAAAAAUGUAUUUAGUUUUUUUUUUUUUAAUUAAUAAAUAUAUUUAUUUGUAGGUAAGAUAAACAUAAUAAUACAAUUUAUCUCUAGUCUGGAUGAUUUAGUUCUUGUCACCCUGUUGUCCUCCCGUCGUGGAAAAAAGGCUGUCCUCACUCAGGUCCGCAUGGAGCUGGAGGGGGCGUGGCCUCCAGCUCCGCUGAAAAUCGGGAGGUUUUCGGGAGAGGCACUGAAUUUCGGGAGUCUCCCGAAAAUUUCGGGAGGGUUGGCAAGUAUGCUUAAAGGGGAACAUUAUCACAAUUUCAGAAGGGUUAAAACUAAGGCUGAAACGACGCGUCGACGUAGUCGACGUCAUCGGUUACGUAAAUAUGUCGACGUCAUUUUUGUGCGUCGGCGCGUCGCAUAUUUACGUCACACAACUGUCAUGGCGGAGCGCAGAGCAAACGAUGCGAGCGAGGGGAAAAAAACACGCCAAAAGUCGUCAAAAGUGUGGGAGUAUUUUAAUAAACGGCCUAAUGUUGUUUUAUGCACACUGUGUCGAGCGGAAAUGGCGUAUCACAGCAGCACAACGGCUAUGAACGAGCAUCUAAAAAGAAAACAUCCGACAGCGUUCUUCCCAUCACCAUCAACGAGUCAAUCAUCCGCCAAACGACAAAGCAGUGUCCAGGAUUUUUUUCCAAAGAGGCAUGGGACUGAAUGCACACCCCAAGUGGCCGCUGACCUGACUGAUGGUGUCCUGGAAAUGAUGGUCAUAGACAUGAGGCCAUUAAAUAUGGUAGAAGGGGAAGGGUUUCAAAAAAUGAUCAAACGGUUUCACUCUGGCUACACACUACCAUCAAGAACCCACUUCACUAAGCUUAUGGAGCAAAAAUACACAAAGAAAAUGAAUGAAGUCAAAGCAAUCCUGAAAAAUGUGAAAGGAAAACUGACACUCACAACUGAUGCAUGGACAAGUAUGGCCACUGAAGCUUACCUUGGUGUCACCAUUCACUUUGUUAAUGAUGAGUGGGAGCUUACCUCAAUUAACUUGACAACAAUGCCCCUCAAUGAAAAGCACACUGCAGAAAACAUUGCCUCUUGGAUUGAGGAUGUUGUCAAUAAGUUUGAAAUAAACAUAAAACUAGUACAAGUCAUUGUACAUGACAAUGCUGCAAAUGUUGUUGCAGCUUUAAGAGUUCUUGAGGAAAGACAUGGUGUUUCAUCCCUCAGAUGUGUUGGCCAUACUCUACAGCUUGUAGUUAACCAUGCUCUAAAGGACAACCACAUCAGCAGAGCUUUAGGAGCAGCAAGAAGUUUGGUCGAGCACUUCAGAAAAAGUGAGCUAUCCAGUACAAAACUAAAGGUUAAGCAAAAACAAAUGGGUUCUCCAGACCACAGCCUCAUACAAGAUGUGUCUGUGAGAUGGAACAGUUCCUUUUACAUGAUUAGUCGCCUGCUUGAGCAGAGGUGGCCAAUAACAGCAACUCUGUCAGAUCCGGAGGUCACUCAAAGAGGGAAGCAUUUUCUGGAUCUUAAGGCUGACCAGUGGAGCUUGCUUGAAGAACUUGAACAAGUUCUGAAACCUUUUGAAUGUGCAACUGUGUACCUGAGUGGAGAAUCUUAUGUAACAGUUUCCGCUGUCCCUCUGCUGGUCAGAGGGCUUCGGAAGGCUACACAAACUGCUUUUGAAAAUGCAUCAAUCAAGUGUUUCCAGGUCACUGCUGCACGUGAGAUAACAUCCAGGUGGGAAGCCGAGACCACAUUCAAAGAUGAUGGACCAAAUGUGUGCAUAUUAGCAGCUGCACUUGACCCACGAUUCAGGAAGCUGAAAUUCCUGACUGCAGAUGAGUGUUUAAAAGUUCAAUACAAGCUGCAUGCAAUAGUUCUGGAGGAGAAAAGAAGGGAAAAGGAGACAGACGCUCAACAGGGCACAGCAAUGCAAGUGGAAAGACCAGAUGCUGACAGGCGGCCUGUAUCUUUACUAGACACACUUCUUGGCUCAGAUUCAGAUGAACUCAGCAACAAUGAGGAAGACAACAAUGACAGUAAUGAUGCUGAAAUGGUCAGAAACGAGUUAGUGUCUUAUUUUGGAGAAUCCCCCAUUUCCAAGGAUGAAAACCCAUUAAAAUGGUGGAAAGAACAUCAGGCAAGGUUUCCAAAUCUGGCAAUGCUGGCUCGGUCUUACCUCUCAGUUCCAGCCACAUCGACCCCUUCUAAGCGCCUAUUUUCAGCUGCUGGGAAUAUUGUAAACAAGAAAAGAACCAGCCUCACCCCAGAGCAUGUAGACAUGCUAACCUUUCUUCAUUACAACUGUUAGUCACUCACUGGAAUGAGUAGAAUUGGUUAUAGUGUACUGUGUUGGACUGGAUGUUUAUUUUGCACAUUUUAAAAGCAAUACUUAAUGUUCACAGUGCUCCAGAAUAUUUAGAUUGGCACAAAUGUUUACAGUGUUACAGAAUGUUUUGCCAUGUUUUCAAUGUUGACUGAGUGGCCAUACUUUUUUUUUUUGUAAAUAAAAGCCAUGCCUUUUGAAAAAACUGGCCUAAAUUUAUUUUUUUCAUCUUAAUUUUAAAUAAAAAAAAUAAUCGGUAAAAGGAAAAAUAAUCUAUAGAUUAAUCGAAAAAAUAAUCUAUAGAUUAACCGAUUAAUCGAAAAAAUAAUCUAUAGAUUAAUCGAUAGAAAAAUAAUCGUUAGCUGCAGCCCUAGUUAAAACCAUUAAAAAUC